UCCAUGGUCAAUUAUCUGUAUCUCGACCUAUCAGUCCUUAUACAAGUAGGCAUGGUUCUGGGUCUGAAAUUUCACUUCCUAGUAUCACCAUCGAUCGGGGUCCUGACGAGGCCGGAUUUGAUACAGUCCCCAUGCAAACGUCCCCCAUCCAGGAAGAAGUUCCGUUCACAAUAUCUGAAACUAGCGAGCUGAAACGACUUUCAGAAGUACAUGAGAGAUUUCACCCCAUACCACCCGAAAAUCAUCCUCGAUAUGAACGGUCAAUUUAUGUUCCAGAUGAAAGUGCAACUUAUAUCCUUGAACCAAUGACAACGUCCUUUGAACUCGGAAAAGCAAUCCCAAUGGGAUGGGAAAAGAUGAUUCAUCCGGAGGGCGCUUGUUACUACGUCUAUCAAAACGGGAGGUACUACACAGAUGCUAAUAUCAUGGAUAGUCUUACCAAGGAUCGUAUCAUGGUCUGCAUAAGCGACUUCGACGAUUUUAUACGUUCUCGUGGUAUUCAAUUAUCAUCGCGGGCGAACACCGUUCUCAACCUACGGAUAGACGAAGGCAGGACAGAUAAAUAUACUUGUGAAUAUUACAUUGCGAAUCACGCCACUCGCUCUGUCUUUUGGUUGGAUACCGUCGAUGCCGAUUCUUUCUCUGUUUGGUGGGAAGUAAAAGGAGUGACUUCCUCAACCCAUAUCGAACACGCUGUUGCCUCACUAUACUGGUAUCAUUGUCAUCUGUAUCCACACUCCUACAAUCUCAGCGUUGAGGCGGUGGAUGAAUUGCGUGAUAUUCUUUUGCACUGUAUCGGUGAUACAAUCACCUCUUCUACUAGUACUGUCCCAUAUAAUAUAUCCGAUUUGAAAGAUAUGAUGCUCCUCCUGAAUAAUAUACGCAAGAACCCUGCUACUGGUGGUGGUGUCUCUGCAUAUAGCCGCAUAAUGUACAUAUUCACGCGAUUACGAUUUCUUCACUUUUACGGCGAACCCGGUGCUCGGCUUGAUCGCGAUCAGUCGGUCCAUUAUAAGGCCCACCAUCACCACCGUCGUCCUUGGUGGAUGAGAAGUUUGUCUCCCGCCCUAUUUUCGGUACCAGAUUUGUAUUAUGGAAUACUGUCAAAUCUGUGGGUGGAUGGCCUUGUUCACGAAGCUGCAUGGGCCGAUUUCGUUGGAAAGAUGAACGAAGAAUGGCAGCAACUCAUCCUCUUCAAUACUGUGCUCCUGAAUGCGAAUGUUGCAUUCCUGGCUAUUCAAUCCAUAGACAAUUCAAGCGACUCACCUGGUCGUUCGCCAGCUCAGAUCGCAAGUUUUUUGUCUAUUGUUGCCAGUUUUGGGAGCAUCAUCCUUGGCCUCGUACUUGCGCGCAAGCAUAGAGCUAAAGCCAAAGACACUGCUGAAGAUGCUGCGAAAUUUCUCAACUCAUGGGAGCGCAAUCGGCUUGGAGUAGCGUCACUUGCUAUCCUAUACAGUGUGCCAUACGCCCUGUUACUAUGGGGUGUGCUUUGUUUCCUUGUCGCCUUCUCCUUUAUGUGCUAUAGCAACUCUGAUGCUCUAGUCCUAUCCAUCAUGAGCAGUUCGUGGUUUGUCGUCGCCAUCCUCGUUUUUUGGUGUGUCACAGCCCUCGCCUCAUGGGAUCGCCGUUCAAACGAUCAACCAUCAUUCUGGUCGUACGUCCAUGAGCUAUUGUCCUACCUGUUGUUUGGCCUGUGGUGGCUCAUCGACGGAGCUGUCAUAAUGGUGAAGCAAGGUUGGCAGUUUUUACAUACCCGACCGACAGCGGUCCAAGAAGCAGAGCAGCGACCAAUCGAGUUGCAAAAUGUUCGGAAGGGUUCAAUGGGGACGGUAGUCGAGUUGUGGAGAAAAUCGUCUCUUUUCAGCGGAACCGACAGGAAAAAUACUAGUGACACUCAAGCAACUGCUGUGGAAGUAUAACAUCCAAUCUUCAAUUUAUUUUUAUGUGUACCUGCUAUGUAGUUCACUUGUGUAUCUGCUUAUGGGACUCUGUGUAUCUAUGAGUAAUCCCCCCUUCCUUUCCUUCUUUCAACUUCCUUCCUCCCCCCGAUGACGAAGAAUUGCUCUGGGCCUUUUGGUGCUGUAAGCGCUGUGGAUAUUAAGAACAGAGAAGACUACAAAUCUUCUUCCCCCGUUCUCUACGUCCAUUUUCACUUAAUGUCGUCA